AUGGAGGAGACGGAGGAAGUGGUGGAAGAGGAGACAAGGAGAAGCACUCUGGCCAUAAAGGAUCCUGAGGAGACUGUCAAUGCAAAAACCUAUGACAGACAGUCCAGAGUUGAGUUGGAGGAAGUCGCGGUAGAGAAGCAACCAGAGGUGGUUGAGGAGAAAAAGAAGAAAAGGAAGAGUAAAGGAAAGAAGGUUGGAGAAGGUGAGCCAUCCCAUCAUCGCAAAGCAGAGACAAAAAUCAAAGAGAAGAAGAAUGAAGAAGAUGAGGAGGCCAAGCUAAGGACGAGGAAAGAGAAGAGAGAAAGGAAAGAGCGCAGGCAUGAAGAAAGGCGCCUGAAGAAGGAAGAAGAAAGAAAGAAAAGGGCUGUAAGCCCAGAGAUGGUUGGAGAAUCCACCUCCGUGAGGGAGGACUUGGGGGAACCAGCGCAACUUAGAGAGCCAAUGCAACCUGAAACAAUGCAGACAAUUGCGACUGACGAAGGAGAAGAAAGAGAUGUUACCCUCUUGAUGUGGCGUCGCAAGGCGAAUGCACCGUAA